UUAAGAUGCCUGAGCCAGCGAAGUCGGCGCCCGCCCCGAAAAAGGGCUCCAAAAAGGCGGUGACCAAGGCGCAGAAGAAAGACGGCAAGAAGCGCAAGCGCAGCCGCAAGGAGAGCUACGCGGUGUACGUGUACAAGGUGCUGAAGCAGGUGCACCCGGACACGGGCAUCUCGUCCAAGGCCAUGGGCAUCAUGAACUCGUUCGUCAACGACAUCUUCGAGCGCAUCGCGGGCGAGGCGUCGCGCCUGGCGCAUUACAACAAGCGCUCAACCGUCACGUCCCGGGAGAUCCAGACGGCCGUGCGCCUGCUGCUGCCCGGGGAGCUGGCCAAGCACGCCGUGUCCGAGGGCACCAAGGCCGUCACCAAGUACACCAGCUCAAAGUGAGCGCCUGUGCAGCACCCUGGAACCCAAAGGCUCUUUUCAGAGCCACCCACAUUUUCACAAAAGAGCUGUAACUCAGUGUUAUCUUGGUGUGUUGGGUCUUAACGUGGAAAACGGUGACUUAGUACAGGCACAGGCAGGGUGCAGAUUGGGAGUUUCCUUAAUUACGUGUGAUGUUUGCCACAGAUGGAAACUUCAGGCUAGGAAGAGAACUUUAAGUUGUCUCCAAGUCGUCGGGAGCAUACUUCAAGCACUUAAGAAGAGGUGCUUUCACUUAACAUGCGGGAGUGUAGAACAUAGUUGAAAGAAUUGUACAAUUUUAAGUAAAAUGCUAUGGAUUUGUACGUAAGUCUCCGAUUCUGACAUCUGGGAGGAAUACUAAGACCUGUCUGACUCUUGGGUCUCCGUUUCUCUCGAAUCUGAUUGCUUGGGAAGGGGUGCUGGCCCAGGGCCAACCAGGCUGGAAGUGCCAGCGUAGGACACAGGCAGAUGCUAUAUGGCCUGAACCACCCGAAGGAUUUUACCUGGGCCCCUGGUGAGCCUUCUCAGGUACUGAUGGUCUGAGGCAGGCUCACCUUCCUUAAGAGCCAGCUGAUCAAUCAGCCCACCCGGUAAAUGUGCAGUCACUGCCAUCCUGACACACCCCAUCUCCCCCUUUUAUGUAACUUCUGGUUUUGUCUUUGUUGAGGGAGGUAAUUCAUUGUUUUCCUUCAACACAAAUGAAGAGCAGGCUAAUCGUGAACUCCUUAGCCAUUCA